AGGCCACCUCAACCUCAACUCAACCUCUCCCUCGAACCACAACCUCCCGAACCGUUUCCUUCCGCAUCCAAAACUUCAUACAUCACAAAACGUACGAUCGAGAACUACGACGGUAGCGAACGCGACUGACCGACCGACGGUCAACACGCAACGAUGGAUUACGAUCCGAUGGUGAUGGACGACGCCGAGUCCUUGGGACCGGUCGUCAAAAUCUCACAAGCGGACAACACCCGAGUCAAGUUCGAGCUCUCUAACACCGAGAUCUGCUUCGCCAACUCCCUCCGUCGCGUCAUGCUUGCCGAAAUUCCCACGAUUGCCAUCGAUCUAGUCGAGAUCGAGGCCAACAGCUCCGUUUUGGCUGACGAGUUCAUCGCCCACCGCCUCGGUCUAAUCCCACUUAACGCCGAGGGAAUCGAUGCACUUCUCUAUUCUCGGGAGUGCGACUGCGACGAGUACUGCGAGCAUUGCAGUGUGACCCUCAACCUUCACGCCAAGUGCACUGGCGACGACAUCAUGCAAGUUUGUGCUCGCGAUCUUGUUCCAGUGGGCGAUCGUGUCAACCAAGUUCUUGGAUCGCCCAUCAUCAACGAUCCGGAAGGGCAAGGUCCCCUGAUCCUUAAGCUCCGCCACGGCCAGGAGAUCAAGCUCCAGUGCAUCGCCAAGAAGGGCAUUGCAAAGGAGCACUCCAAGUGGGCUCCAAGUGCCGCCAUCGGCUUCGAGUACGACCCACACAACAAGCUGCACCACCUCGAUUUGUGGUACGAGCAGGAUCCCAAGAAGGAGUGGCCUCCUUCGGAGUAUGCCGACUGGGAAGAGCCUCCCCAGGAGGGCGAGCCAUUCGAUUACGAUGCCGUCCCACAACGCUUUUACUUCAACGUCGAGACCGCCGGUCCCAUCCCUCCCGAUGCCAUUGUCCACGAAGGCAUCAAGGUCAUUCAGCAGAAGCUGGCUGGACUGAUCCACGAACUUACCGAAAGCGACGGUGGUGAGAACGGAUACAACGGACCGCGUAGCCCAGGCUACAACGAGGGUGGCGACAAUUGGAACGAUCAGGGAUCCUUUACGCCAUAUGGAAAUGGAGGAAAUCAGAGCUCUUGGGGAGGCCAGGGCGGCGCCACGCCCUACGGAGCGACGCCUUACGGUGGCGGCCAAAAUUCUUGGUCUUGAGCAUCAUCUGCUUACAGUCUGCCGUUUACGACGUCGAUUACUCCUCCCGACGGCUUGCGAGGUCAUUGCGCAUGUAUUUUUCGGGAGGUUUUGGGUAUCUGCGGCAUCUUUGCGGCGCGGUCUCUCAGCUGCGCACUUCGAUCAACAACACAACACUUUCAUCGAUGCUGAUUUACGCAUCUCUACAUACUCCCGGCAUUAUCACCGACUCAGCAUCUGCCAAAUAACCGCGGCGCCUCAAGUCCCUUGCUGCUGGGACCAUUAACCAGUCACACUG